AUGGACACCACUUCGCAACGAGGUGCCAGUCCUUCUGUCAACACGUCGCAGGAAGAGCGAGACCGCAGUGUGUUGCGUCUUGCUCCUGAGAAGAAGGCAUGGAUGCCUCCCAAAUCCGUCAUGGAUCACUUGUCGGCGACGACGAGUGAUCGUUAUCGAACACGGUUGUUCGAUUCGUCAAGGAUCCAUCACCUUGACCCCAGUGCGAAAGACUAUCGAACUGAGACCGAUUUCUUCAUCGAUGCUUUCUUUAGACAUCGAUGGUACAGUGGGAAUCACAAACGUGAUGGUCCCUCACUACUUCAGGCGUGGAACUCCUACAUCCAUAACCUCGAGGAUGUAGGUCGUGACGCUUGGAACGACAAACUUAUCAAAGCUCGCGAUAAGUUUGAAAAGCGAACCCCGACAGGUGCACGCUACAAGCUGCAUCGUCUGUCAAGGGAGAAAGGAUUACCCUGCCUCUCUUGGGGAGACUUGUGCCCAUGUUGUGUGAACAACUCUGCACGAGCACCUCAGGAGGCUUACCUCCUUACUAGCCCGUGGUGGCGCGUACGUAUCUCUAGUGAGAUGUACGAAGGGAUUGACAACCUAAAAUCACUUUACGACCCUGCCGGGAAGACCUUCUCCGGCGGUCCUUCUUUGGCACAGGAUGUGCCGCGUCGUACUGCUCAACCAGACCCAGUACGUCAACCAUCAGUUGGGAGCGGGGCUCCCAAGCAUCCCAGGACGGGGGAUAGCCGCGCCACCGGACGAGAUAACUCGUCCGACGUCCGUUCACGUCGCGGUGGUUCAACAGCUGUUCAACUAGAUAGCGCUGGCCACCGCGAGAGUCCUCUAAUGGAGGUGGAGGAGGAGGAAAGACACUCUCCACACGAUCAUGUGGAUCCGUGUGUUCCCGAGAGCUUCUUUGAUCGCGUAACGCAAAGGGUUACGCGACGAUCUCGAACAUGA